AUGGUGGGGCUGGCCGUAGGAUGCUUAACCUACACUAGCUCGGGUGAGUCUGACUUUUCUGAGGAUGAAAAUGGAGAGAGGCACCUUACUAGGUAUCUUGUGAAAAAGUCACCGGUGAAAAGGUCAAGACAGUCAAAGGUCAAGAAAGCCCUUGAUGAUGUUUACAUCAAGAGCCUUCAUCCAAGAGCAAGGUUAAAUCUGGUGACAAGACAGACCCAUGAAAGGCUAUCCAGUCGAUACCGGCCCAUUAAAGCUCUGGAAUGGGCAGUCAUCUGGAGAGGCAGUUGUUACCCACUAUAACUCCAUCCCUUAACUCUCGGCCGCCACCCGGCCCAUCAUCCUUCUACAAAUACCAGUCCCACAACAAUGGCCGCCUCAUUCCUCGGCACCCUUCUUUCAACAUCAAUAAUUUCCCUACUAUCCGAAACCUAACUCCAUCUACCGGCACUACCUCUCCAACAAUAGCUGCCCCAUCAGUCCAACGACACCCGCAAAACAAUAUUUGGUUUCCCCCCCCCCCACGGGACACAUCAUCCAGUAGUGACGACCCCAUACCCGAGUGCACUGCCUUCAACUGCAUUUCCGUCCUUGAUGCCAAGUGCCAGUUUAACCCCCAAGACUUCCAAAAAGAAACAUACUAACUCCAAAAAAAGGACAGUGCUCGUAGACGAUCGCGAACUGUUUCCAUAGUUCAUCAAUUUUAUGAGAUUUUGUGGAAUAGUCUGAACGGUAUAAUAAACAUUUAGAUUAGUUUCGUUCAUAUUUAUUCAGUUGUUGUUAAUCAGAAGGUUAUUUCCGGUCAACACAACUUUUCUGUAAUAAGAUGAAACCAAAUUUUCAAUUUCCGAUGAUAGUGUUAAUGCAGUUAAGUGAUACUGAAACAAUGUUAUAAAAAUGUUUGGUUGAUUACGCUUACUUUAAAUAGAAAUAUUAGAACAAGGUUUUAGUUUUUCCUGUUGACAAUAUUUCAAGUAAGAUUAGAACAAAAUUUUCAAUUGUACAUGACACGCAUCUUGACUACUGAUGUCAGAACAAAGUUUCAAUUUUCAGUGUUUCAGUUAUCUUAUUGUUUUCAAUUGGUUCCAAGUUGUCAUAUUUCAAAUUAUAUAAGAACUAUGUUUUCAAAAUUUUUUAACUUAUUUCCCUCUCAUUUAUUGUAUAAAUUGAUAAUAUUAGAACGAGGUUUUCAUUUUCUGUGGUUUUAUUUCAGAAAAAUGAUUCAAGUACGACAAACAACAAAUAAUAUCUUAAAUGUUAUCCUUAAGGAAUGAUCAAAAGUUAAAUUAUUUACAUGCAUGGAUGAGAGCACGUUUUUAUGACAAAUAUACAAGAUUGUUAACACAGUAGUUUGAUUGAUUGAUGGAUUGACAAACAACUUUUUAAUCAGACUUUAAAAGUGGGCAACCAACUAAUCAGCUUUGCUUUUAUCAUAUAAUCAUAUAGUCAUAUAAAGUAAAGCUGAAUGUUUAGUUUCUUUACCAGUGGGAUUUGAGUUUUCACAAUAUGUGAGCAGUUUAUAGGGCUCCCUUACACUCAAGAACAAAGUUGACUUUACGCCAAGCGUAAAGUUGGCUUAAAGACGCGUAUCCUCUAUAUUUACGCGCAUAGGUAAAGCUGGCUUAAAUCUCUACUUUAAUCUCUACAGUAGCUUUACACCUCUUAAGGAAGUCUCAUUACUCAAGCUUUACACUCAAGAACAAAGUUGACUUUAUGCCAAGCGUAAAUUUGGCUUAAAGACGCUUAUCCUUCAUAUUUACGCGUAUAGGUAAAGCUGGCGUAAAUCUCUACUUUAAUCUCUACACUAGCUUUACGCCUCUUAAGGAAGUCUCAUCACUCUAGCUUUACGUCAAAGCGCGGGAAGACUACGUAAAGCUGCCUUUACAUAAUGUCAAUGUGGCGUAAAGCUGCGUUAAGUAGAAGCUUUACGCUAACAUCACGCCAACUCUAACUCCUAUGGCAUCUGAAAAAUUAAUAUGAACGACACGUACCACUUUCCUUCAAGUGUUUUUAAAAGAUAAUCACCGUGUUUUUAUCUGACUCUCCAGGUUCUCGAUAUAUUUUGUACAUAUUCCCGCAGCGGGUGCCUUGCCAUAUUAAUAAAAUUCAUCCAUAGAUUCUCUAGAAGUAACUCUGAAAAUUCCAAGGAAACGUUCGUUCUGCAAGCAGGAGCCCUCGUACCUAAGCGGCCGACCGUUAUGAUAAACCCAUGCAAUUUAAGUCCAAAAAUGACCAACUUUAGAAUAAUACGUUGAGAUGAGAGUUCCCUUUUGACGUUUAGGGAGAGGUAAUUUUUCUAUACUUUGAAAACUAGCUUCCGAAAAACGGGUUGACUGAUUACAUGCACAUAAAAAUUUAAAAUGCAUGUAAAACUAGCCAUAUGGAAGGCAAGUAAACAGUAUUUGCAAGGCGUGUGAAAAUUUAUCCACUGCGCCCAUUCAUUUUCAACAAUUCACCUGUUUCUUGAGUUCUUGAAGCUUAAAAAGUUAAAAACUUGGAUUCACGCUCGAAUUUUAAGACCUUAAGGAAGACCUCCUGUAGCGCCCCCAGGGAACAAUUUUUCUUAAUCGUUUUAUCAUUAUAAUCGAGAAGAUCUUUAUUUCAACCUAAAUUGCUGGCCGACCAAUGUGUCGAUGGCUAAUUUGAUAGACCAAUUAGCUUCAGGUAUUGGAUGAUUCUUGAGCAAUGGAGCUGCAAUAGAAAGACCAAGCGGUGAAGCGCGUGUUUGAGGACUGAAUUAAUUUUCUGACUCACGCCACUGUACGCUUUCUGGCGCGUAGGGGGGACAACGACCUUCCUCUACUGCGGUAUGUGUCAACCAAGGUUAAGAAUUGCUUUCCAGAUGUUGUUAAAGCCUCUCGCAUGAUCGCACAGCUAAUAGCACUACAUUUCCCAGCAAGAACCUCUAAAAAUCAAAUAUACGACCAUACGCGGAAAAAUUUUGUCUCAGUUCAACACAGAGAUAUCAUUUUGUAAUACGCUUGGUACGUGCUGGGACGCCCCCCCUCCCAGACACAUGAGCUCAUUGCUUAUGAAUGCUUUGUAAGCAUAAUAAGGACGUUUUUCCCAACUCACUCAGUUGGCGAUGUCUUUCAUCCUUACGCUCUAAAGUAAUAACUCUGUGGGUGCCAAGGUGAGUUUCAUUCUGUGUAAGCAGGAGCCUUUGUAUUUAAGCUGUUUAUCGUUAUAAACAACCCAUUUAAUCAACUCAUGAAGGUAUUAGUUUCAAGAAUGACAAGUCGAGAUGAGAAUUCCGCUUAUGUUGGCAAGGAGCCGUCAUAUCUCUUGUUUAAAAAACUAGCGUCCGGAAUAUGAGGUGACUGAUUUUGGCAUUGUAAGGCUCUUAAGGACUUACAGUCGCGAUGCAUGUGUAGAACACAACAACACUGUUGACGAUCGAAACUGUGAAUUCGUGUACCUUAGUCUUAGAUAAAGACUUUGUCUGGCGGUUUCUUAUCGAACAGAAACAUACUUACGAGGAGCUUGUCACUGAAUUUAAGGCUCGACAUCCGAAUCUAAAGGGCUGUAGUUUACGAAGCGUUAAAAGAUUUUGUAAUCACCACGGAAUAAAGAAAAGAAUGCCAGUUUUAAGAUCCUUAACAAAAGUUUGUAUCAAGCUGUUAGCGAUUAUCAAUAUUAUUUUGUUUAUGACGUUUUCUCCUAUCACAAAUUUAACAUGAAAGCAUGCAAUGAAGGCUUGUUUUUAGAUUGAUUUGAAUUCCAACUCCCGAUCAAGAAAAUAAUUCUUAAUUUUCAAUUGAGCACGUUCAACACUUCUUUCUGUAUGGUAAUUAAAUGUGUAAACAACUUGUUUUUUGAUCCACUGACCUGAAUUUAUAAUAAGUUGACUUACCUGAACAUCAGGUUGUUCUUUUGGGGGCGGUACCUUGGGUACGCCCUUUCUUCCUCGAACUCUCCGUAUGUUCUGUUGUUAGGUGGCAAAUUUCAAGGGCUAUUUUCUCUUUAGUUAUCUUUUCAAGUGUUAUUCUGAUCUACGCAGUGGGUCCUUUAUAACGUUUAUAUCAUCAGUCUUGUUUUUGUUUCGGCCGAUAUUACUCGCAAAAGUAUGAAAUUUUAACCGUAGGUACAUACUUAGUAAACUGUUACGUAAUUCAACAUGAUUCGUAGGCUAAUUAAGUGAGAAAUAAUGACGUUGGUCAAUAUUGACAGCUGGUUAUAACUGUCACCUUUAUAAGCUGAAGACCAACACUUUUCUAAAGAGAUGAGCUAGCACGUUGUAUUGCGUUUUUAAGAAAGGAUAUAAAGAAUUAACUUAACAAGGAGUGUUCGAAAAUUCCGCAAACCAACUAACUUGUUAGAGGAAUUUUCGUCUUAUUUUGAUAACCUAUUUGGUACCCGUUCUCUCCCUUUUACACCACGUAAAGCGUUCGUUGUUGGACGUGGUCAGAGGCCUGGGGUAAUGACACAAAACAGUCAAAUGAGAAAGAAAUCAGCGGCUUAUAACUCAAACAAAUUCAACCUGGUCUUCUAAUUAAACUCAGCAAUUGCAAAAUAUAUUACAUCACACCUUAACCGUUAUCAAAUUCAUGGAUAAUAACUGAACAUAUUUUCAGAGUUUUAACCUGUUAUUAAUAAUUAUACUCAUUGUACAUGUUUUCAUAGUUUGCACUACAUUUUGUUUUGAUUGCACAACUGCCAAGCUGAUUAUUUCAUUUUAAUGAAAUAAAGUGAUUUAUUCAUUCAUACGAGGGAAUUUUGUAGACUUAGCGUGGAAAGUCCAAACCAGAGAAGUUGGAAGAAUGGCCAUCUGUUUCAACGUUGACAAGCAUUGUUUAACUUCCUUGUUUGUUUGUUUUUACUUUGUCUCAGGCAUUUAGCAAAGAGAAAAAGAAAAAUGUCAAGUAUUCCUUCACAAGAACCCAGAAAAAAGUCAAAUUGCAUUUCGGAAUUUUGUUCGCAGCACAGAACUAGGAUUGCAUUAAGUUCGUUUUACUUCUUCUUCGAGACAUGCUUUAGCUUUAAAUUAUACUUAAUGCCACUCUACUGGCAACAGCUUGGCUUGUCUCCGACUCAAAUCGGCAUCUUACGAGCCGUUUGGGGCGUGGCAUACUCCCUCGGCGGGGUCAUCUUUGGAAAAAUAGCAAGUAAGUGGAAGAUUCGACGUGCGUUGCUGAUGAUGAGCAUUCUAUCCACGGCUAUUAUACCACUAGUGUCAUUAAUUCCAAGAAGAACACACGAUAAGUGCUUGGUGAAAUUGGGAAAGAACCUGGAUGAAAACAAGAGUCGCAUUAUCACUCCACAAGAGGGCAAAAAUUCCUUCCAUCCUCACAUUGAGUGGAUCAAGUCUCACGUCGAGAGUAAAGCGAGCGAGAAUGCGAAUCAUCGAACCCAAACCCACGCUUUGCAAUCCCUUUUCCGUCAGGAGGAAAGAAACUCUGAAAUCCUGGAACAUUUUACCUCAAGACGUUCUCUACCACCGAUAAAGAGCCGCACUCCCAGGAAGACACCUCUGGUUAGCGAUCAUGUCCUUAUCUUAGAAAAAAACCCGCAAGACAUCAACACCAUAUUUUUCAUAUUUUUGUUUAUUGUUUUCGUUGGGGAACUCCUCGCUUCUCCAGCAUUUAGUUUGGCUAAUUCUGAAAUUGUGGACUACCUUGGGAAAAAUAGCCGCGAUUUUGGCAAGAUCCGUCUCUGGGGCCCAAUUGGGCACAUGAUUGCUGCUCCCACCACAGCUGUAUUUGUCACUCAUUACCAUUAUGUGAUUUGUGGCGAGUAUCAAGACAACUUUGCUAUUGUCUUCGCUGUCACUUCUAUCAUGGCGAUGGCUUCGUUGAUAUCUGUAACGCAGCUGGGAGAUCAAACGAUCAAGCACAGCGACAACACCGAAGGAAAUGGCAACGGAAAGCCUUUCACUUUAUUUGAGUUCUUCUCCCGCUACCAAAAUUUCGUCUUCAUCUUCAUGACGUUCUUGAUUGGCUGUUUUGAUGGAGUUGUGUCAACGUUUGGGUUCUGGUACACCAAGACCUUAGACGUUACCAUCGCCACUUUGGUGUUUGGUUUCUCACGGAUGACUAGCUCUGCGGUUAGUGUGGUGUUCCUGGGCUUGACAGGCAUGUGUGUGAAGAAGACUGGUUACUCUGGAAUCACUGUGUUCUCCAUGACGCUGUUUUUCAUUUGGUUUGUGGGAAUGUCUCUCCUGAAAAACCCAUGGCUCAUGCUUCUCUUUGAGACUAUUGGCUACACCGCUUAUGUAACUGGUUUUACAGGUGUGAUCAGUUACUUUGGUGAAGAAACACCCAGUCACCUGAUGGACACAGUGCAAGGUGAGAACAAAAGAGGAUUCAACCUCGUUACCAGGUUCCCACGAUCUUGUUCAGGAAGGGGAGCAGGGACUUGUAAACAAAUAAGCUAAAACCCUACUGACCUUGUCUUUACACUCUUUUUUCGGCAAAAAAGAAAGCCAAAUUUCAUACUUUGUUGGCGACGAUUGUUGCCCCCUGCGCCCCCCUGAAAAUCCCAGAAACCUGUCACUCCGACGAGCUUUGCUCCGGAAGAAAAUGUUAUGCAGAUUAGCCGGCUAAUAAAUAAUGUUUAAACCUACACUAAAGGCAUUUCUUUAUCUCUGUAGGAGGAGUUAACUCUUUGUUUUUCGGCGUGGGUUGCGGAAUUGGAACUGCCAUGUGUGGCUUUUUCAUCGAUGCAUUUGGCGCCGAAGGGGCAUUCCGGGUGUUUGCUUCAGGUGAAGCUGUACUAUUAGUGCUGUUUGUCGUCAACCAAGUUACAUAUUUUUGUCUGAAGAAGAACGAAAAAGAAGAAAAAAGAAAGCUGUUGGAAUAACUUUUUAUGCCGGUCACAGGACUUACAGUAAACACUAUGUCAUCUAAAAUAAAAUUGGUGGAUCACGCUGUCGCACUUCUUUAAUUUCACUCAAAAAAAAGGAAACACUCGCUGAAAAAUAUGCGUUCUGAGGUACAUCGUUUCGAGGGAGAUGACCGAUAGUUUUGGAGCUAAACUACAGACUACCGGGCCUCUUCUAACCAUCCACCAAACAUGCUACGUGGAAACCAGGAUUAACUCCGGCCUGGUGGGCCAACAGGCUCGGGUACAGACUUUACAUGAUGGCAUAUUGUAAGUUAAAUCACGAAUGGUGAACUUGGAACCCACUUAUUUUUCAAUUUUUCAUUUGGACUGGAUUAUCACUUAAACUCAUCAUUUAAUUUAACUCCUAUUAAAUUAUAUCUUUGAACAAUAUUAACAACCUGCUGAGAUGUGGAAAAUAUCAAAAAGUAGCUAUACAGGAGAGGUACUUAGUGAUAUACGUGUAUCUUUUAAAAGUAAGUAAUAUCGAAUGGAUUCAUCAAAUAAUGCAUAAUUUAACAAACAGUGAAAUUCCAUGGUUUUUUUCCAAAUCUAUUUUUCCAAAAAUUAUGAACUUCACAGACAACACUGAGUAGUAAAAGUCUUAACGAUCUCAUCAGCAAUUCUCCUUACUGUCUGCCAUAUAGUUCUUGUGAUGUUAGUUUGGAGAAUUUGGUAUUGGAUCAAACUAAUAAUUCCCUAAUGAAAAUUUUUCUUUAUUCUCAUCACUAGUCUGCUUGAUAUUGCAUUGAUAUUGGAGGAGAAAUUCUGUCUUGGUCACUUAUGAGCGUUAACGGGUUAACUCGCAUUUCUUUUUCUUAUCUGGUUAAGGUGGAAUUUUCCCCUCCCCCUACCACCCUUGCCUCCCACCCUAAAUACAACAUUGAGUUUUCUCUAACUUUUCAAUUGAAAUAAACUGUUUGGGGUAAAGGAAGUUUUAAAAAUAAGUGAGGAAUAAAAAAAAAUUAAAGGAUCUUAUAGAGCCUUAAUUUCUUAUGUGUCAGCACUUAAAAUUUGCUGCUCACCAUUGGAAAAAGCUCAGUAUGCUUAAAUUUUUACCAGGGCUGCCUCCAUAAAACUAUCUGCAUUACUUCUUUUUUUCUCAAAUGGAAAUUAAAUUCAAAAAUGAUUCUCUCUUACACAAUUAUCAAGGGCAUAUCCAGCUUUUCAGGGACAGGGACAGUGAGAAGAAAAGUGAAGGGGCCCCUUCUCUAGCACAUAACAAUCACUUGCCUACCCUUACCUGAUUAUACAACAAAAUUAUUCAUUUUCUGCCGGCCAAUCAAAUUGUCAUUGCUGAAAUAACAAUUCGCCUCAACGAAUAUAUCAUAUCCUUCAUGUAUAUCUACUUCUGUGCAUGCCUCGUGCGGAAGCUGAAUGGUACAACACCGAAUUCCAUGCAUCACAACUAGCAGGGAUGCUACCUUACUCCAAUUGUCUUUCUCAGGGUCAUGGCACUCUAUUUCCAAAGUGCAAAAUGCAUUCCUGUUACAUCCCCCAACAAAGUAGAUUUUGUCACUCUCUACAGCUAUCCCACCAUCCCAUCUGGCAGUGCUAGCAGGUUCAAUCAUGGACCACCGGUCUAUAUCAGGGUCAUACACCUCACCACUGUUUAGAUGAACAGAACCAUCCCAGCCACCUUAAAAAAUUGAAAUGAAAUCACAUUGAAUUGCAUGAAUUUUUAAAUGACAUCUCACAAUACUUCAAUCCUAACCCCUCACAUCCUAACACCAGUAUGCAAGUUCUCCACACCAUUUUUAUACAUUUCCUGUGGUACCUACAGGGAGACCUUGUCAAACAAUCAAGAGCUUCCUGAGUUUGUGAUCAUUUCCUUCAUUCUUAUAACCUUACCAUUCGAUUUAUGGGUAAUACUAUUGGAGAAAUUAGAUUCCUAUUACUCUAAAGGAUUAAAUGGCUUAACAGCUGACCAAGAGCUGCACAUGCAGACACUAAGUAAACAUAGCUUACCAAUGACAUAGAUCUUCCCAUUUGUUGCUGCUCCUGAUGCACUCACUUGCUUGUAAUGUAUAAGGGCAAUUGCCCUCCAUCAGUGCUUUCAAUAAGACCUGGCACCUGCUGGAGCACCAAUGGGUAUUCUUUUGUGAAUCAUCAAGUAUACUUUAGAAACUUUCAAGGAAACUCACAAAGUGUGAUCUUAAACACCUAAAGAUCUUCUUUCCUUAUAAACAAGUUUUGAUUAAAAAUGAUUAAUAUUUUCUUUUCAUCUAUUCCAGCAUACAUUUCAUACAUUUCCAGCAAAAAAGAGAAUGAGUUUCUAAGAACAUACUAACUCAAAUUUCUGUAACCAGUAACCAUAUGUCCUUACAGAGGAUUUUUUGCUUGAAACUCAGGGAGCAGGCUUGCAUGGCAGCAUAUGGAAGAUUUUGAUCAGAAAUAAAACAAUCAGGUAAUCAAUUAUUACAAAGGAGAGGAAUAUUUAAUAAUCAUCUACAGAAGUUGAACCCCGAAAACUUUGUUCGAAGCCAGUUUAUUCUAAAUGGCAGUAAUGGAAUAACAAGAGGAAAAUUGUUUCAUACAUUAUUCUCCAGCAGGUGCUUUACCAAGGUAGCCACCUUCUUCAAAUCUUAUUGAAAGCACUGCUCCAUGCUUGUCAUGGGGUCAAGAUACUCUCUAGUGUUAAGCAACAUUCCAACAUAGCUCACUCCACCAAUCACAUACAGCACACGGCAACUUGACACACACAGAUUGCUGCAACAAGUGGUCAUGGGUGCUGUAAAUGACCAAGUGUUUGUUGAUGGGUAGUAAUGUUCCACACUGUUGAGUUAGAAGUUACUCUCAUCACAGCCACCCACAGCAUACAUAUUUCCUAAUGUGAAGAGGAAAAUUAAAGGUGAAAACUACAACUACAUGCAAAUAUACAUUUGUCUUUAUUGGUCAAAACCUUUUGUUUGCUGUUUAAUAAAGAUGAGGGAAUUGGAUUUGAAAAGUUUAAAAGUAAUUUUUACAAAGUUCAGACUAUCUGUCUAACACUCCACAAAAAGAUGGAAUUAAAAAAAAUGCUGCAUUUUUUUAAUGUAACUUUUCCCUUUUCUCUUCCACAAGUAACAGCCUUGGUAACAAGGUUAGUUGGUUUGAACUUUGAACUUAUGCAACAAGUUGCAGUAAUGAAAAUAAUCCAGUUUUCACACUACCCUAUGUAUGUCCUCUGACUGAUAGCCAACCCCUCUUUGACUAACAUCUAAUUUCUCCUUACAAAGUCACCCUUGAAUCACACAAUAAGGUCACAAGGAUAAAGGAAAUGAUCUCCAACUAAGGAAGCUCUUGAUUGGUAAACAAAUUCUCCGAGCCAACACCUUAGGAAAUGUAUGAAAAACAGCAUAGAGAAUAUGCAUACUAAUGUUAAGGUGUAAAGAGUGAAUAUAAAAGGAACACCUGUGUACUGUUGCUUCGUAUUUAAUCCUUUAAACCCUUAGAGUGACUAGCAUCUAAUUUCUCCCAACAAUAUCACUCCUGAUUCACACAUUAAGGUCAUGUGAAGAAAGGAAAUGGUCACCAGGGAAGGAACCUUAUGAUUGGAAAACAAAUUCUCCUUGUCAGCACCGUAAGAAAUGUAUAGAGAGCAGUAUGGAGAAUAUGCAUACUGAUGUUAGGGUGUAAAGGGUUAACUGGGCAUAAUGCGCCUCAUGUUAAAAAGAAAUUAAGCGAAAAUUUGAGAUUUCCGACUCAUUCGUCCAUCUUCUUUCAACGUUCCCUUGACUCACAUAUACCACUUGAAUUAUCAUGUUACAAAUUGAAAAAAAAGAACAGUAAAAUAGAUAAUUUCUGCAAAAAAAAUUCCCAAAAAAACUUACAAUCGGUGAAGCUCGUGAUGCCAGCUAGUGUAGCGAUAGGCACGCUUGUAUCCAUGCUAUCGUGACAAAGCCUUCAACACAAAACAAAAGCUUGCCACACAAGGCGAAGAAAUAACCAAAGAACCUUUUGAAUGACUUUUAACCCAUCACGGAAAGAAGGAAGUUGACAAGUUGUAAAAAUUCUCACCCACAGCCAUGAUAAAUUUAACGACAAUAGCGGGAAUACUCAACACUCCAUUCAAACGCGCGCCAAAUCACCGCGGCCGCCACGCAUCCGGGUUAUCCUAAAUGACUAACUCUAUUAUUGUGGUAUAUGCCUCACCAAGCGUCAUGUAAGAAAGGUUUUGAACCAAUGACUGUUCAUUUUCAAGGCCUUUGACGGUUGACAGUUGAAUUUCAGGGCCUUAGACGGUUGACAUUUACUAGAAAGAUAUAUUUCUAUGAGUUAAAAUUAACAUUUGCUUUUUCUGUUUUUUUUUUAAUUUUUAAGAGCAAUAAAUGUUAUGUUAGUAUCUUGGGCACUUAUGCGAUUCUCUUUCAUCGGCUGGUUAUGUUAGUAAUACGUACACCCUAGGAUUCUCUUAGUCUCGUACCAAGAACUUCCGUUCUGGGUACGCGGAGGUGGUAAAAUUUCAGUUGCACAGUAUGAUCAGGGUAUGAGAUAAGGAUUUUCUUUCAUUGGAUUAUCACGUAAUAUCUAUUCUCUUUUAUUGAAUUGUUGUGUUAGUAUCUCAUGCAUCUUAUACUCAUUCGUUUGAAGGUGACGAAAUUAUCACGCAUAUUUUAGGAUAGGGUGAUAUUCCAUUGUUACUUUGGUAUCUCGUGCACUUUUGGGAUUCUCUUUCAUUCGAAAGUUAUGUUAUUAUCUUUCAUUCAAAAGUUAUGUUACUAUCACGCGCAUUUUAGGACUGUCUUUCAUUGGAUUGUUACGUUAGUACCACCCACAAUUCUAGGACUAUCGUGCAAUUCUAGGAUUUUUUUCAUUUCAUUGUUACGUUAGUUUCUCGCACACUUUUGGAAUUCACUUUCAUUUGAUUGUUACGUUAGUGUCUCGUGCAAUUCUAGGAUUUUUUUCAUUUCAUUGUUACGUUAGUUUCUCGCACACUUUUGGAAUUCACUUUCAUUUGAUUGUUACGUUAGUGUCUCGCGCACUCUAGAAUUUUUUUCAUUCGAUUGUUCCGUGUGUAUUUCGUGCACUUCUUAGGAUUCUAUUUAAUUUGAUUGUUACUUUACGGUUACUUAAGCUGUCGUUUUACGACACUGAGUCAAAACCGCUCCACCCACGGGGUAAAUGAGCUUAAGAAUUCUUUCUAUUAACACAAGAAUCUAGAGAGUGCGAAUGAGACAGCCAAUUAUGAAAAAGAGAUUUACGGUUAAUUAAAGUUUCGUAAAUCUGCGUAAAGUUCAUUUAGCAAGUCAGUUUUCAAGUAUAAUGCUUGUACAGGCGCAUUGAGGUAGAUUAACGUCAUCAGAUGUGAAGCUUGCGUCAAGGUAGCUCAAGGCUGAAGAGUCAGAUUUACGUUCAAUAUAAAGUAUGCGUGUCAGUCAUCUGGAGAGGCAGUUGUUACCCACUACAACUCCAUCCCUUAACUCUCAGCCGCCACCCGGCCCAUCAUCCUUCGACAAAUACCAGUCCCACAACAAUGGCCGCCUCAUUCCUCGGCACCCGUAAUUUCCCUACUAUCCGAAACCUAACUCCAUCUACCGGCACUACUUCUCCAACAAUAGCUGCCCCAUCAGUCCAACGACACCCGCAAAACAAUAUUUGGUUCCCCCCCCCCCACGGGACACAUUAUCCAGUAGUGACGAUCCCAUCCCCGAGUGCACUGCCUUCAACUGCAUCUCCGUCCUCGAUGCCAAGUGCCAGUUUAACCCCCAAGACUUCCAAAAAGAAACAUACUAACUCCAAAAAAAGGACAGUG